UUGCCACAACAUAACCUUCAACGACCGAAUGUUUCCAACACUGCCAAAUGAUUGUCAACAUCACCAAUCUGGUUAGUCGGUGAAAAGCCAACGCACUUACCGUGCUCAUUGUUGAAACUGUAAUUUGUUUGACAAUUAGCUUAAGACGGUUGCAAAUGUUUAGUUACGAUUAAUAAUAUUUAUAAUGGAAAAUGUAUCACAUGAGAAUAUGGAGUCUUUCGAGAAUCCUGAUUUGCUGCCACUUGAAAAUCUAAAACUAAAAAUUAAAACGGACGGCGUUGUUAAAAUUGUCGAUGCUUUGAGUAAAACGUGGGCAAGUGAUCGUUAUUUUUUACAUUAUGAAGCUCCUUCAUUAUAUACUGAUGAUGGUAAUGAAAUUGUGGGAGCAAAAGAACAUUGGAUGGCAGUUGUCAAUUAUAUGAUUAAUGACUUUAGAUGGUUACUUAGUCUUCCAUUUUAUAGAUUCUGGUCGAACAUUAUAUUCAAUGCCUCGAUACUAGAUGCAUUGGUAUCCUUUCUACAAGAAGCACCACCAUUUUAUGCUUUAGAAAAUUUUGCAACCUGUCCAGAAAUGCUGAAACUUCUAGACACACUAAGUCACUAUGUACUUGUGGUUUUUACACGACUUAUUACAAACAAGGAAAGUCCCGAAGAAUUUAUGAGCCAACCAUUUUUUGGAAAUUUAUUAUAUGAGAACUACAUAUUCACAGUACCAAUUAUCUUUGAUCUCUGUCAACUUUAUGGCAGAGAAAAUGAGAAAAUAAUGAAGAAAAUUUUAAAUUGUUUAUUUACAUUAGAACCACAGUAUAAUAAUGAUCUUGAAAAAGCUGUUCCUUGUAUGAUAGAGGCUCUUGAAAAUGUUGAAAGAAGGUUUGAUAAUUGCCCCACUCGAUAUUCUAAUGAAGCAGUUUCACUGUCAGAACGUGAUACUGGCACUAUCAAACUUACAUUAUUCAAUUUGGAAGACAUGAUACUAUAUGUACUAGAUAUAUCAUCAACAAUUACUGUAUUCUUAAAAAAUUAUUCUUCUGCUGUGAAUAUGUUUCAUAGAGAGGAUUUUAUGAGCAAAAUUGUUUUAAUAUACGAGAGCACAAUACCUGAGAUGUAUAAAACAUUAGAUAAGUUAGCAUACAAUGAUACAAACAUGCCGAAAUAUAUGGAACUGAAGCAUCGCUUGGAUGUAACUAGAAUCGAGAUUUUAAAUUUGUUUCGUAUUAUCCUAUACGAACCAAUAUUGAACAUUCAAGAAAAUUUAAGUACGAUAAAGGAAGCGGAGAUAAAGGAGCGGGUGGAUGAAUAUUUUAAUUUAUUAACCAUUGCAAUUGCUGAAAAAGAAUUCAUUACAGAUUAUGAUCAAUUUUAUCCUGUUGAAACAGACAUGAGGGUAUUGCUGAAUAUUUGUCCUGAAAUUGAUAUGAUAAAAUGCAAUUACAUAUUACAAUCAAUGGGUGCAAAUAUUGGCAAACCUAGUGCUUCAUCUGCUAGUUUUUCUGAUGACGUGAACGAACCUGUGGCUGGACCUAGCGGUAUUUCGAGUCGAACAACAUUCGAAGAUACAAAUUCGUCAGAAACGAAAGGAACAUCUACAAUGAAGAAUUCUGUCGAUAGCGUUAGCAUAAUUUCCGAUAUGUUAUGUAUUCAAGAUAAACAUUUUAUUGAGAUGUGUUUGGAGUAUUAUAAUAACAAUAGUACGGCUGUGAUUGAUGCCAUAAUAGGAGACACAUUGCCGCCUAAAUUGAAAAAAUUAAAAGACUUAGGAUCUUCGGAAAUGUCUAGUACACCACCAGCUUACGCAGAGACUUCAGUAAAUCAGAAUUUAACUGGUAGUAUUAGAAGACUAAACAUACUUGAUAAUGACGGCGAUGUUCACGUUAAACCUCGCGAAGUCAUCGAAGUACCUAAAGAUUACAUUAUUCAAAAUUACAGCCUUGUGGAUGUUUACGAAGAUGAGUAUGACGAUACGUACGAGGAUGAAUGUGACGAUACGUUACACGAUCGCGGCGUACGCUAUAAUACAGAGGAUCUUCCGAGUGCGUUUGAUCCAGAACGUUCUACUAUACCAAGAUUUUAUUACGGAAGGAAAGCUGACUCGGAGUCAGAGGACGAAAAUGUAGGGGACGAAAAUACAGAGUCCGAACAGAAUAAAAAAGAUCAUUUUGUAGAAAAUCCAGCAGAUGUGCGUGCUAGAGCUGAACAACGAAGGCAAGCAAUGCGAGGCCGUAAAGGUGGUGCACCACCAAAUGUGAUAGGAAAACAAAAGGGUCGAGGGCAAGAUAAAAGUGUUUUGCAAAGUAGGCAGCAGAAAAACACGGACAAAGCGAAACGAGCUAAUCACAAUCGUCGUUCCGGUUCACAGUGGAAACGAAAUCAGGGAAUGAUUCCAUCUUAAGUGUACCUAUACUUUUACAAUAUCAAUGUAAAUACUGCCAUCGGAUAAAUACAUUCUUACAUAUGUUAACUCCAUAGAAUUCGGUUCCUUCGAUGUUUAAAUU